AUGACCGGGGCCUCGUUUGAGAACAGCUUGAACGGCGGUACCGGCCCCAUCGUCCUGGAUGAGGACGAGGAUCCCCUCAAGCAUGAGCUCAAUGGGCCUUACGUCAAGCUCGAGAACGACCCGCUGCUGUCCCAAAUCACCGACGCCGACUGGGACGAGAUGACCGAAGGCGUCAUCUAAGUAUUUCCUUGCGCCGUCGGCAAAUAGCCUCAUUAGCGCUACUAGCACUAUUAAAAAAAUUAAAAAAUUAAAAUCCCC